AUUCAACUUGUUGUAAGAAUGGGCAGAGAUUAUUAUAGUAUUCUUGGUGUUGCAAAGGACUGUGAUGAAGAUGCACUUAAAAAGGCUUAUCGUAAACAGGCACUGAAAUGGCAUCCAGACCGUAACCCAGAUAAUAAGGAACUUGCUGACUCAAAGUUCAAAGAAGUUUCAGAGGCGUAUGAAGUACUAUCGGAUAAGCAAAAGCGAUCCAUCUAUGAUCAAUUUGGAGAGGAUGGUUUGAAAGGUAGUGCCGAUGCUGGUGCCGGUGCGCAGGGAGGUUUUCCUGGUGGAUUUCCAGCUGGCUUUCAGAGCUUUCAAUCUGGAGGGUUUCCUGGAGGAGCAACUACAUUUAGCUUUUCAACAGGACCAGGUGGAGCAGGCGCUGGCUUUAGACCUUUCCAGCCAUCCAAUGCCGACGACAUUUUCCGUCAAUUCUUUGGCGGAAACAGUCCUUUUGGAAGCAUGGGUAUGGACAUGGAUGAUGACAUUGGCGGUAUGUCCAGAGGAGGCAUGCCAUCGGGAUUUUUCAAUAUGAAUGAUGCUUCAGGACGUGGUGCUCAUACUAGUAUGCGUGGACAAAAUUCUGGACGACGACCUGCUGCAGCUGUUCAGCGCACACUUCCUGUCACAUUGGAGGACUUGUACACUGGUGCUGAAAAGCGCCUCAAGGUUACACGAAAACUAAUUGAUGGAGCAACAGCUCGCCAAAUAUCUACAGAAAAAAUUCUUACAGUCAAUAUUAAGCCAGGAUGGAAGGCCGGCACAAAGAUUAAGUUUUCUGGAGAGGGCGAUGAGAUUCCAGGCACAGGCGGACAUCAGGAUAUUGAGUUUGUCGUUGAAGAAAAAUCGCAUGCUGUUUUCAAGCGAGAUGGCGAUAAUCUGCGCGUAACUAUUCAUGCUACACUUGUGGAAGCACUAUGUGGAUUUACUAGAACGCUGUCACACUUGGACGGCAAGUCAUUCCAAGUUCAAGGGGCAAUGGGAAACAAUCCUAUUCAGCCUGGAUCAGAGAUUAGAAUGCCUGGAAUGGGCAUGCCUAUAAGCAAAACCCCCGGAAAAAAAGGCGAUCUGAUUGUCACAGUCUUGGUAUCGCUUCCCAGCACGCUAAACGAAACUCAAAAACGCACAUUACGCCAAACACUUGGCUCAUUAUAACGCCUAAUUAACAGACUUUUGGCAUAGUUCCACUUAA